AUGACUGGAGGGUUCACCGUAGCUCCAUCCUUGGUUCUCCAGCUCCACAAGAUGGGUUCGUUCAGAAAGCCCCGACCUCGCUUCAUGAGUUCCCCGGUCCUCAGUGACCUGCCGCGGUUCCAGGCAGCCCGGCAGGCUCUGCAGCUGAGCUCCAACUCCGCCUGGAACAGUGUGCAAACAGCAGUGAUAAACGUGUUCAAAGGGGGAGGCUUGCAGAACAAUGAACUUUACACCCUCAAUGAAAGUAUCAGACGGCUGCUGAAGAGUGAACUUGGAUCCUUCAUCACAGAUUACUUUCAGAACCAGCUCCUUGCGAAAGGCUUGCUGUUUAUAGAGGAGAAGGUUAAGCUGUGUGAAGGUGAGGAUCGCAUUGAUGUCCUGUCUGAAAUCUGGGAUCACUAUUUUACAGAGACUCUUCCUACGCUCCAGGCAAUAUUCUACCCAGUCCAGGGUCAGGAGUUGACUAUCCGUCAGAUUGCUCUUCUUGGCUUCAGAGACUUGGUCUUGCUAAAAGUAAAGUUGCAAGAAAUUCUUCCUCUGGUCCAGACGAGGCUCCCAGCUUCCAUUGUCCAGAUGCUGUUAAUUCUGCAGAGUGUCCAUGAGCCUACUGGCCCCAGUGAGGGCUACCUACAGCUGGAAGAACUGGUCAAGCAGGUGGUAUCGCCGUACUUGGGUUUGUGUGAGGAUCACAGCUUCUCUGGUAGCGCCUGCUUGCUUGGUAAGACAUGCGCAUCGGACAGAAGCUCUUGUUGGGAGAGACGGUACUCCAGAUCCCGUCCUAAGACCGGUGUACUGAAUUAUUCAUCUCACGUGGUGACGAGCCGGCAGCCCAGUGAGAUGGCCCUGACCCCGCUGACAGAGCAGGAGGGUGAGGCUUACCUGGAGAAAUGUGGUAGCAUCCGUCGCCACACUGUUGCCAACGCUCACUCGGAUAUUCAGCUCCUGGCAAUGGCCUCCAUGAUGCACACGGGAAUGGUGAUUGAGGAGUCAGACAGUACUGACAAAUGCCUCCUCCUGCAGCCCAGUUUUAGCCACAGGCAGUGCUCCAGUGAGCCCAGUAUUGCCGAUGGGCCGGAGGGAGUCAUGGCAGAAGGUAGGCAGGACCCUGCAGAGCUGAACUGCACGUCGGUCAGCUAG